CUCGCGUGUACUUGAACCUCCCACACCUGCAACAAUUGGUACCGACUCAAAGCCUUGCUUGUCAAGGGCUUGUCGCGUACAGCGUAUAAGUGUUGCUCUUUCAUCACGACUCAGAUGGACUGCUUCGCCUAAAGGUCCUGCGCAUACGGGGACUGUCUGAUGUUAGAUGGUUGUGAUCUGCUCUCGUGGAGGCGCCUCAGCCAUCACCCUGGGUCUUCGUUCGCCGGCUUGUCUUCUUUGCCAUUGGCCUGGCAUAUAUGGGCGGCUUCUACGAAUGGCUAGAGCACUCGCAUAGGAGAUGGGGGAGAAUAAUUCGCAUCGGGCCUAACCGGCUCUCAACAUCUGACGCUGAUCUUAUUCGCCGACUGGAUAGCAAGAAGUUCGGCAGCCCAAGGUCUGGAUGUGCCGAGAAUCACUUGGGAAAGGUUCUAGACGAUCACAUUGAUCGAGCCGACCAAGGCGUUGCAGAAGUUGAUCUCGCACAGAUCGCUGAGAGAUUCUCCAUACAAGCCUUCAGUAACAUGGCCUUCGGACAGAACCUGGCCGAAUCAGAUGUUCGAGUUAUCAGUCGCACUGUCUCUAAGGGUCAACUUGGAUUCAUGGUGAUGACAAUGUUUCCAUGGAUUCGAAUCUGUAUCGGAGACCCUUCCGCCUUGCUGAAGCUCGAUCAAUAUGUUGCCUUUGGCAAGACACUCGCCACUGUCAAAAAGACUGCCACCGAUCGUCUUGCUGGGACGAUGUACGCUCCGUCUAUGACGACGACCUCUUUGAAAAUUACUCAUGCCGACAUCAUAUCUGGUCUCCAGGCUACAGACCUAAACGCUGAGCAGAUAGCUGAUAAUCUCAACGUCCAGAUGAUAGCUAGUUCCGCGGUGACAGCUCCAGCUAUUGCGCAUCUAGGCGGGAGGUUCCUGUUACAGCCGCAAACGCUCCACUCUAGAGAAAAGGUUACGCCGCCCAAAGGCUAUCCGGAGUACAAAGUCCCAGGCGGCACGCUUAUUGGCAUAUGCUUAGGCGCGGCGAUGAGGGAUCGUGAAGUGUUCGGCGCCAAUCCGGACGAAUACGAGCCAUCUCGAUGGAUGACGAGCCAAAGACUGGGUGAAACCCAGCCAGAAAGUCUGGCAAACAGGAAUAACGUCCUUGAGCUCAACUCCGGAUCUGGUGUUUCCAAGUGUCUCGGACGAAAAGUCGCGCUUCUAGAGCUUGCUAUCUUCGUAUCGAAGCUGACCGAAUAUGAGUGGAAACCUACGAAGGGUCCUGGCGAGUUUGGCGUCAUCGUCAGAAAAGGUGUUUUGAGAAUCGAGAAACAUUGCAUUGUUGACUCUCAGGUGGUGACUGGAAAACAGCCUCUGAGUCGGUCUAUACAUAACAGUGCAUUCUCCACCUCUAGUCGACAGCAGCAUCCAAAUUCAGCGUCUCGAGACCCAUCUACAAGGAAUACUUACACCACUUUGACCAAACACAAAGCUUCAGAACAUUGUUCAGGUAAGAUGUGCUGGUUCGAGAGGCAAUACCCAAACUGCCCUCUGUGUGGUGGAGUAGGUGCUCCUGAGAUCUUGAACCUUGGAUGUCCCUUCAAUCAACCCUUGGGUGAGUGCAACUUCGUCUACGAGACCCCCGCUAACAUCACCAGACCUCACCCCAACUGUGUCGAACUUGACCGUAUCGCCAACGAGGUCCUUGGUAGGACACCUCCGGUUCAGGCUGGUCCUGCUCAUAUUGAUGCCCGCGACGGUGUUGGUCCUUAUGACACCCCAUUGCCUUCUCCUGCCCUUCAAACACCCGCAAUUCCUGUUUCUGACGGUUCUCUUCCUGCAGCCUGGUCAAGUGACAGCAACAACAAUCCUUCUCCUGAAAUGAUCAUUGCUAUCAUCCGUCGCACUGAACUCCAAAACAUGAUUCCCGAAUUUGCUACCGCUCUGAAAGACCUCGAGACCGCCGUUGGCCCUUCAAACCCGCACUUCACUCAAGUCAUCGAAUUUGUAACUCAACAUAUCACGGGCGCCAGUCUCGCAGCAGAUAUUCACGUCUCUAUGAUUCAGGAGGCUGAAUUCCAGAUUGCUAACAACAUUGGCGACAGGAACACUGCUCGCUGGAAUAUUGACUGGAUUAUUCGUGGCAUCACAAACACCUCGCCUGGCUUUGAAUCAGCUGUUAUAUGGCACCGCCGCUACACCGAUCUUAUCAUCCACCUCAGGCGUCUUGCUGGUCGACUGUCGCCACCCAGACCCGCUGCUACUGAUGAGAUGCCUCCUCCUUUGCCUGUGAGACGUGGUGCUAGUGCUGGUAUCGACCCUGCUGAUCUUGAUGAUCACUCUGAUUUCUUGCCGCCUCCUGAGUUCUACCUUCCUGAAGAUGCUUUCGAUUCUGAUGAUGAUGUCGAAUUUGAUCCUGAUGAAGAUGAGCAGUUUGGUGGCGAUGAUGAGGAGGACAUGGAGUGGGAUGACUCGCAUUAUCCUUAG